CUGGACGUUCGAUUGGCAAGAGCCAUAUUCGUCCUAAUGCUGAUUCAACGCUCAUUCCUAAAUUGGUCCCGCAUUUUUUUUGGCAAUGAGGCUUGUGCAUUCAGACUCCUAUCUGCCAAAACGGAUGGUGGAGAAAGUUGGAUUCGGAGCCUAAUGCAUCGCAAAGAAGUGGAGCAACAAUCACAUAUAUUGUCAACAUCACCGUGUAUUUAUGAGCUUCAAGUACACGAACUCAAGCCGCAUGAACACUUUUUAGGGUUACUUCCCAAUACAGAUAGCAAAGCUGAAAUCGUUGGUAGCUGGACAUGUGAAAUUGGCCACCAAGACACUGCCUACCAUCUAUGGAAAUAUCCGGGGGGUUAUCCGUGUUUAGGGGAGCACACGGAAGAUAUAAUCGAGUACAAACAGAAAAGAAACUCCAUGCUGUGCUCCAGAAAGAAUCAAGUGUGUCUACCAUUCAGUUACUGGCCCGAACCAGUACCCUGUCGUAAUGGAUCAAACUUGUACGAGCUCCGUUCCUAUACUCUCAGAUUACUCGUGAACCAUUGCAUUAAACUAACAGUAGUAAAAGCCAACGCAGUUCCAAAGUUUAAGCUGAAGUUGGAAAAGGUGUGGAAUGAACUUUUUAACGAGAAACUAAUAUACUUGAAUGACAUACUUUGA